AUGGUAUCUCAUUGUCUAAAUUAUCAAUUACAAUAUAGAAAAAAAUCGUCUGAAAAUUUGCUCAUAAAAACGCAUCAGCAAAUAGCAGAAGGAUUACAAAUAAAGUUAAAUAACGCAAAAGUCAUGUACCUUACUACUGAUUCAUGGACAUCCCGCUCUAAUGAAAGUUACAUUGCUGUAACAGCUCAUUAUAUUGACGAACAAUCAAAGCUUUGUUCUUUUACGAUAGGCUACAUCCAAUAUAAUGAAAGACAUACUGCUGAAAACAUGUUAGAUUUCCUCAAAAACAAAAUACAAGAAUGGCAAAUUUCUCACAAAAUAGAUGCUGUUUUAAGUGAUAAUGUGCCAAAUAUUUUAUUAACUGUUAAAAUGGACAAUUGGACAUCGGUUAGGUGCUUUUCACAUUCAUUAAAUUUGGUUGUUCAGAAAUAA